GUAAUGUAACUGGUGUAUGUUGUGUGUGGCGCCCCCUGCAGGCUACGUGAAGCCAAAGCGUGCGGCGACUCGUCAGCCCUGCGGCUCCGGAGACGGCGGAGAGCGAGAGCAGCGCCAUCUAGUGGCCCCCAGCAGAUCACAACCACUCAACCUCAGCCAGCCCACUCUGGUCUCCUCUUCCUGCUCCUCUUCUUCCUCUUCGUCUCAGGAGCGCUCUUCGUCUCUACGGCGACAGCACACCUUCCCCCCCUCCGCCGCCUCCUCCUCCGCCUCCUCGGCUGCAUCCGGCUCGCUCGUGGCCCAGUACCGUCUGCCGGACACCGCCGUGUUGGGGGCGUUUCCCUCUGCUGCCGGAGGGGCGGGGCUCUACACAUACCCCGCCUCCCACGCCAUGGAGCAGCUGUUGAGCCAUCACCAUAGCAACGGCGCUGCCAGCAUCCUGGGUCACCAUGGAAACGGCAUCAGUGCCGCCGCCAGCAGCAGCAGCAGCAGCAGCAUCAGCACCGGCUCCCCAUCGCACCGCAACCCCCCACCCUCCUCCUCCUCGGGGCUCCACUACGCCCCCUCCCUGCUGAAGGACUCUCUGGGGGGCGUGGGCGUGGGCGUGGGGGGGGUGGGCGUGCACCCUCUUCCGCUGCCGGUCGUCUCCCAGUACCAGCCGAUGCCCUCCUUCCCUGCUCUGCCAUACGCCACCGCCGGCCCUCUGGGGGGCGUACGCAGCGAGGCAGGGGGGGCCACGGCAGCCGGUUACGGGGGGGCGUACCAACUACCGAGCCCGCGGAGACUCGCACAGUACCCCUAUUUAUGAUGAGGACC